AAAUUGAAUAAAGACGCGCUUCAGGACUUCAAACUCAGGGUCGGUAUUGCUGUCGGUCCGCUCAUUGCUGGUGUGGUCGGAGCCGUUAAACCUCAGUAUGACAUAUGGGGUGAUACGGUCAACGUGGCCUCACGGAUGGAGAGCACAGGUAUUAUGGGACGCAUUCAAGUGACUCAAGAGGCGGCACACAUAUUGUCUGAAUGUAAAAAUUCAAAUGAAUUUCAAUUAGAAGAAAGGGGACUUGUAUUUGUAAAGGGAAAGGGAGAACUUCAAACAUAUUUGGUUAAGACACAAUUUGAUUUUGAUGAACACGAGAUAACUAGAGUUUAAAUUUCAUUGUACUCUAUUUAAGUAUCAUAUUUUAAAUUUCUUAAAUAUCAUUUU